GCUAGUGAUGGCUGGCUACAACGAUUCAAGACAAGAUAUGGAAUUCGACUGCUGUCUAUAUCUGGUGAAAAAUUAUCAGCACAACCACAAAGAAUUGAUGAAAACAAUUACCAAGCUAGAUUUAAGAAUGGAAGAAAUUUACAACGCAGAUGAAAGUGGCCUUUAUUGGAAAAUGUUACCAGAGAAAACCUAUGCUGCAUCAUUUGAAAAAUCUGCCGGGAAAGAAAGCCGGAGAAACAACGAAUAA